UCGUUAGGACUUUAACGGUCAACCAAAGGGGGGCAGCGGAGCGACCGUGUGUCUUGCAAGGGCAGGUCCCCGCUGAGACUCGCCGCUUCGAGUAACCGGUGAGCUGUUACCUGCUCUCCGGAUACUCCAUUUUGGGGAUUUAUUCCUGUGAAAUUUCUCUAAGUUUGGGGUUUUUUUGAGUAAACCCAAAGCAUCCCCUUUUGAGACAGCUCCUUCAACCAAAGGAUGGAGAAUGUUAGAAAGGCGCUAGAAUUCGAACCGUUGCCUCCCCGCCGGCGGGUGCUGUGGAUGGGGAGGGAAGGUGAGCUCCCUCCCCAGCAGCCUUUCAAAAAUAGUUGGGGGGGGGGGGGGGAAGCGUGAUUUGAUGAUUUGAGAGGAGUGCGUGUGCCCAGGGUGCUUGUGUAAAUACAGGCCAAGGAUUCUGUAAAAUACUGUUGUGUGUACAAAAGGAUUUUACUAGAAAUACAGAGCUUUUAUAUUCUAAAUUAUUUUUGUACAUUUUUAGGUCGGGUACCUUUUAGGAUAACAGAGUUUUCUGCAAACUAAGCUAUGCUAUUUUUGUAUUCCUCUCCGGUGUUUGUUUUCAAUAAAAUUCCUCUGGUUUCUUGCCGUCUGGUGCCGAGUGUCCCGCCGCCAGGUCACGAGCUGGUCAUUAACAGGUGGAGGCGACUCCUUCCCCCCGGAGCCUCCGGUGACGGGCGCGAGAGGACGGUGUAGAAAUUGUUCCGGGAAGAUGAUGUGGCUGGGGGCACGCGGAAAGGUCGCUGCUUUGCAAAGAAAAUAUCACGGCCGAGCCCAGCCUGCCUGGAGUCAGCUCACAGAGGUGAGCGAGCGCUCCUGCUCAGAGCUGCUUUUUCAAACCACGCUUUGAAUUCGGGAUUUAAGGAGCCAAAGCCUCAGCGCCCCUUUUUCCUCCCGCCUCGGCGGUUUUGCUUUUCAGGGGGGAAAUCCUAAAUGCAUAAUAAUUCACUGCGAGCACAACUUGCCCACGCUGGGUUAGACCCCGGGGGUGAAAUUUGCUCUGCCCUCCCUGCACGCUGCCUGAAGCAUCCCCAAAAAUCCCAGGCGGGAUGCCGGCUGCGAUGGGAACGUGGUCACAAUGGAGGUGACAGUGUUUGACUCCUAUGUCGGGCACGAGAUAAAUAAUCAGCUUUUUCCUCUUGCAUUUAGGUCGGCGUUGGAGCGCAGUCUUGUAAAGAACUAAGGAAUUGAUGCCUCAAACACUCCUCGACACAAAAAGGCUCAAGGACAAGUUGUGGCUUUUGUGAUCAGGCUGAGGAAGCCACGCAGGGAACCACAGGGUGUACGAGGAGGCAGGACUCCCCUGCCUGCUGCUGUAGUGCCAAAUUCCUUAGAUAAGCUUCAAAAAAAGAUUGAUAAGCUCAAGGCUGGACAGGUACCCAAGAAGAAAGUAAAGGUGGUAAGGGGGAGCAUGACUUCACCUCUCAUGGAAAUGAUUUCCUGGAAUACCUGCCUCUGUUUAGUGUGCAAAUCAGCUAAGAUGAACUCAAAAGGUGACAAAAUUUUGCUGUGGGUGCACCCACCACCCAAGAUUUCCCAACCUGAGACAACGCUGGAACCUGGUGUGGUGACCGGGCGCCUUUCCUUUCCUUCCUUACAGAUUCACCAAUAAGAGACCCCGUUGCUCACUAUCCUUUCCCAAGUUUAAGCUGUUUCCACCACAAGUAAAACAUUUUAAGGGGUUGUUUGGUGUUGUUUCACCUUAAUUUAAGCCGAGGGGCUCGCAGAACCUUUCUGCCUCCCUGGUUGUACCAGGCCCAGCAGGCCAGGUCAGCCCCGGCGCGGAGACUUUCCGCACAUCCCCAGGGAUGGGCGAGCGCAUCCCUUGGGGCUUUGCGAGUGCAGCACUAAACAGCACCAAGGGUUAAAUGCACCAAGUUUUAAGAAAAUGGAGGAAAAGGGGCAUUUCUUAAGCCAUCACCUUGCCCUUGGCCUCCGGCCUCGUCCCGCUCCCUCCUGGGUUUCACCAUGCAGAGCGCGACCGGGAUUUCCCUGUGAGUCCUGCCCUCGCCGUGCGGAGGGAAGCUUGGUGGUUCCCCACGAGGGAUUACGGCUGCGUGGGCCGUGCCGGGGGCAGAAGGGGCCGACCUGCUGCACGGAGGCAGCGGCGGCGGUGGGGAGGACACUCGGUGCUGCUCUGCCUCCAAACCGCUCGCUUUGAAACCCUCUGGACAAGUGGUUGCUGCAUCUCGUCCUUCCCAAGAGCUUUUGGGUUAAAAACUGAGCAGAUUCCGCCAUCCCUAAGGUGCCAGCGGUGGGUGCUUUGCUGCGAUGGGUGCUGGUGGUUUGGGCAGGACCCCCCCCACACACACACACCCCUGCCCAAGCCCUGGGGGGGGGGCGGAGCACAGAGGGCUGAACCAGCCACCCCGUCACAGGUGCUGGGUGGCCCCGUUCUCAUCCGCUCAAAUGCCACAGGAGGGGUGGGGGGAAACGGUUUUGCUGUCACUUGAUCCCUGCGGCCAAUGGAAUGUCCUCCCCGGUGCUAUUUAAGGGGGGGGGCAAGGAGCCAGCUCUUAGGGUGGUGGCACGGAGAGGGGUGUAAGGCAGGAGCCGGGACGCGGUGCCGAGGUCCCCACGCCUCUCAGCCACGAUGGUGGGGCUCAAACCCCCUGAGGUGCCCCCGACAGCCGCGGUGAAAUUCGUCAGCGCCGGGAUGGCUGCCUGCAUCGCCGACCUCUGCACCUUCCCCCUGGACACUGCCAAAGUGCGGCUGCAGCUCCAAGGGGAGGUGCGGAUCCCCCGGAGCACCGGCACCGUGGAGUAUCGGGGUGUUUUGGGGACGCUGAGCACCAUGGUGAGGACGGAGGGACCCCGAAGCCUCUACAGCGGGCUGGCGGCCGGGCUGCAGCGCCAGCUGAGCUUCGCCUCCAUCCGCAUCGGCCUCUACGACUCGGUGAAGCAGCUCUACACCCCAAAAGGAGCCGAGAGCACAGGGCUGGCGGCGCGGGUGCUGGCGGGCUGCACCACGGGGGCGGUGGCGGUGACGUGCGCCCAGCCCACCGACGUGGUCAAGGUCAGGUUCCAGGCCAGCGGGGCGCUGCCGGACGGCCCCCGGAGGUACAGCGGCACCGUGGACGCCUAUCGCACCAUCGCCAGGGAGGAGGGGGUGCGCGGGCUCUGGAGAGGGACGCUGCCCAACAUUGCCCGCAACGCCAUCAUCAACUGCGGGGAGCUCGUCACCUACGACCUCGUUAAGGACGCGCUGCUGCGGGCGCAGCUGAUGACGGACAACGUCCCCUGUCACUUCGUGGCCGCCUUCGGGGCCGGGUUCUGCGCCACGGUGGUGGCGUCGCCGGUGGACGUGGUGAAGACGCGCUACAUGAACUCCAGCCCCGGGCAAUAUCGCAACGUGCUCAGCUGCCUCCUGGCCCUGCUCAUGCAGGACGGCCUCGCCGGCUUCUACAAAGGGUUCGUCCCCUCUUUCCUACGGCUCGGCUCGUGGAACGUGGUGAUGUUCAUCUCCUACGAGCAGCUGCAGCGCGCGGUCAUGUUGGCCCGGCCAGCCCCAUCCUGACCCCCCCACACACACCUCUCUCGUCAGCGUUGACGAGAUACAGGAGUAAAUUAUAUUAAUUGUGGAAGCGGACAGCAGGGAACAGCGACGCCAAAUGCCCCCAGCCCAAGGGGGACAGCCCAAGAGGAACAGCAAGAUGGAGAAAUGAUGGAGUUUGUGGAGAAAAGGGGUAGAAUGGAGGGUUCCAGAGAGGAGUAGAGGAAGAAAAAAUAUUUCUAGGUUUUCCAUCCAGGAAGAGCAUCGCUUCCCCGUGGGAACAAGGUGAGAGGGGGGAGCAGCGAUUCCCGUUCUUCCUCACUCAUGCUUCUAAUAAAUCACCCCUAUGGGGUCUGAUCGCAGCA